UCCUUUUCUUCUCCAAUUACAGUUGGUUUGCAGAUCAAAAUGAGAAGCUUAAUGAAACUGGGGCAAUGGCCUCUACUUGCACUUGCUUUGGCAAUUUGCUUAGCAGCCAACUCUGUUUUUGCUGAUUACUCUUAUGGGUAUACUUCUCCCUCAUCUUCUUAUAACUCUAAGAAGUACUACAAAUCACCAUCUCCAUCUAAGUAUCAUGUACCCACCACUCCUUACUACAAGAAACCAGAAAAAUCUGUUGAAAACUACAAAUUGCCUGUACCUUCAAAGCACGACUAUUACAAAUCGCCAUCACCAGUAAAAUAUUACAAAUCUCCAUCACCGGUGAAAUAUUACAAGUCAAAGCAAUACUACAAGUCACCAUCACCGAUAAAAUAUUACAAGUCACCAUCGCCGGUUAAGUACUACAAGUCGCCUACUCCUUCAAAGUACUACUACAAGUCACCAUCACCGAUAAAAUAUUACAAGUCACCAUCGCCGGUUAAGUACUACAAGUCGCCUACUCCUUCAAAGUACUACUACAAGUCACCAUCGCCAGUAAAGUACUACAAGUCGCAUGCUCCUUCAAAGCAAUACUACAAGUCACCAUCCCAAACAAAAUAUUAUAAAUCGCCUGCUCCUAAAUACUACAACUCACCGCCGCCAACAAAAUAUUACAAGUCACCAAUUUAUUACAAGUCUCCACCACCACCACCUUAUUACGGAAAAUCACCUUCAUACUAUAAAUCACCUCCACCUCCUCCUAAAUACUAUGAGAAAUCACCUUCAUACUACAAGUCGCCUCCACCUCCACCAAAAUACUACGAGCAAUCACCAUCUUCUUACAAAUCUCCACCACCUCCAUCAAAAUACAAUGAGCAACUAUCUGCAUACUACUCUUCGCCGCCACCAGCACCAUCAAAAUACUACGAGCAAUCACCAAUUAAUUAUAAGUCUCCACCUCCACCUUAUUAUGAAUCACCACCACCUCCACCAAAGACCUAUGAACAAUCGCCAUCAUACUACUCACCUCCACUUCCAACAAACUACGUUAAACAAAUUCCCAACUUUGCCUCACCUCCACCACCUAAAAAGUACGAGCAAUCUGCUACCUAUGUUUCACCUCCACCCCCACCAGCCUACUACUAAUAUUCAAAUCCUUCACUUCCAUAAUUUUCCACAACUUCCUUAGCAUUUAACUCAUUUUCAUCCUUCUAUUUGGAGCAAUUCCAUUGCCUCUGCCAAAUGUUUUUUGUAUGCUUCCCGAAAUGAUCGGCUUUGCUUGCUUUUGUGUUCUUUUCUUGUAAUAAUAUGUAACUGUAUUAUUUGAGAUUUAAGUAAGAUCCUCGAGAUCUCCAUCUGUUUGGCUCGUUGAAUCAAAAUAUUCUUUUGGUGUA